GUCAGGCUAACUUGGCGUGUCGUCAGCAUGAGAUCCUUAACUGUCCUAGCUGUUCUCCUCCUGCUGGUGUUUGUGGUCUUCUGCCAGGCAGAUGAUAGCCCUGGCUUUUUUCUGAAGAUCACCAAGAACGUGCCCCGCCUGGGCAAACGAGAGAGCUUGGUAAUGAAGAACCUGAAGACCAUUCCACGCAUAGGACGAAGCGAACAGCAGACCGCUGUGACACCUCUGCUGGCCUGGCUUUGGGAUGUGGACGUGUCGCAGCCCAGCAAGCGGCGACUGGCCACAGGUGAGGCAACUGGCCAGGAGCGAGAGCUGACCGUGGUUCAGCCGGUGAACUCCAAUACCCUGAUGGAGCUCCUCGACAACAAUGCCAUUCCCAGCGAGCACGUGAAGUUUGUGCAUUGGAAGGACUUUGAUCGUGCACUCCAAUCGGACACGGAUCUGUAUGCCAAGGUCAUUCAACUGGGCCGCCGGCCCGACCAUCGCCUGAAAGAGGUUCUCAGCUUCAACAGCUACGUGCCCAUCUUGGACAGCAACGGCGACCAGAACACCCCCUUCAUGAUGUACAACAACAACGAGGACCGGGAUCUGUAUGGCGGGGGCAAUCACUACGAUCGCAACUUCUUGAAGUACAAUCACUUGUGAGACAAAAGUGAGGCAUUUCACAGAGAGAGCACUCUUUGGACAUCUCUGGAGCUCCAAGAAAGCUGUCACUGCAUAUCCCAUAUGCGUUUGUGUUUGUUUGUGUAUUGCUAAUGUCUUUUUAUGUGCGCAAAUCUUGAAAUAAAGUCGAGAAUA